CUCAGCGUAAUUUCGUCAUGCUUAUUACAGUUGCCUCGCCGCAUGUUGUUUCGACGUCUCUUGGCACCUCGCGGGGGCAAAACAGUCUUCUCGAAACCACGGAGAAAAUUAAAGCACCGCCACGCGCACUGAAAGGUGUUGCCGGACGGCAAUCCCCCCGGGGGCUGUCGAAUGUUGAAGUGUAUGCCCGCACCUGAGGAAAUCGCACGUGAUCGAGUGUUAGGUUGUCUGGUAGCUACACGUUCAGUGUAUUUAUCCGGGAGGUCUGUUCGAUCUGGCUGGGGGAAUCCCUUGGAGGUUGUAUAAAUAUCAGUUCGAAAAGAGACAGGGGACAUUGAAUAAACUGACCGAGACACUGAAUUACCAAACAUGCAGCAAAACGGAAAGCUUCGUUUCGCCCAGUGGCUGCUCGUGGUCGUGCUCUCCUGGCACGUAUUCGACGUCAGCGUGGGGCACCCGGUGAAAGGGGACGUCAGGCUGGACAGCGUAGACAUGGAGAGCUGCGUGCCGCACGCGAGGGCACUGCUGUGGAAUAUGACGGAAGUGCUCCAGCACGACAAUCUUUUUGGCGGAAUAAACUGCACGGAGCAGACUGCAGAGAUGAACUCGGGGACUCAAACGGAGUCUGCUUGCGAACCAAACCCUCGACAGGAUGCCUCGUGCCGUGGCCAAAGAAACACCAAGUUUGAUAAGACUGAGUGCCUAAAGAACAUUGAGCGGGACACGCAGUAUUACAGGAGCGCGCUACUGGCGUAUUCUGACCGCUCUCUCGGUUCUCGCCUAGUCAAGACCAUCGACGACUUCACGGAGCAUUGUUUUCCGGCACGCGAAGAUUCAUCCGUGAUUGAGGUAUCUCCAGCUACAGGCAAUACCUUUGAAGGGAGGCUCAAGCUGUGUAAAGCAAUGAAAGGCCUCCGAGUUCGAGCCAUUACUAUCAACCGUGUAAUGAGCUACAUUGCUGCUGGGGACUACGAGAUGUAGAUCUUCAUCAUCAUCAUCACCACUACCACCACCACCAUCAUCAUCAUCAUCAUCAUCAUCAAUCAUCAACAAAAGCCAAGUUAUAAGCUACUUCACUGCUUGAAACCUAAAGUAUCAACCAUCAUCAUCAUCAUAGUCAUCUUCACUACUACGAUCAUCAUCCUGACCUUCUUGUUCUUCAUUAUCAUUACCUUCAUCAUCAUCACUCUCAACAACAGCCAAGUCACAAGCUGCGUCACUGCUUGAAGCCUCAAGUGAGUCAUCACAUUUAUUGUCAUCAUCCUAACCAUCAACUUUGUCAAAACAAACCAAGUGACAGACUGUUUCAUUUUUGGAAACUAAAAGAACAGUACUGCCUCUCAGUUAUGAUACCCUGUAAUUGCUGACAUCAUCUACGUCACCAUCUUCAUCAUAAUCAUCAUCAUCAGUAAUCAAAUCAUGAUCAUCCAACGUAUCUCAGGGAGUCAGGGAAACAAUUGUUGUCUGCAGGUGCUACACCAAGUAAAAUCAGGGUAACGUUACUUCUCUCUAUGUACACAACGCGCGCUCUUGUCUGACUGGUCACCAGGUGACAAAUCUGGGCCAAUCACUGAUGGCUGGGCAGUGAACAAUACGAGAAUAAUAAUGUUCCCAGUGCUUGCAACCCUGUUUCAACAAUCUCUCAUCAAACCACUGAUUGCACCUACAGUCCUGAAAGCUAUUCAUUGUUUUUAAAUCUACAAAAUAUUUCUACAUUCCAGUACGGAAGUGAGAAACAUCACACCAGGGAACUCAUAAGAAAACAGCUAUUUUUUGUAUCCUAUUUAAAAAAAAAAUUUCUUACUUAUUUGUGAGCAUUUAUUUAUUUAAUUUAUUUAUUUAUUGAAUUAUGUUUCGAUGGCUGUUCCAUUGUUGUUAGGAUAUAAUUAUUUGAAAUGUAAAAACGUGUGUGUCAAAUAUUUUUGUUAGAUUAUUUAUUUAUUCAUGUUUUCACUAGUUAAUAUGUUAGGAUAUAUGUUUUUUAUGACAGUGUAAAUUGUAUUUAUAGAUCUCUGAUGGUAGUUUCCAUGAAUUAAUUAUUUGUGCUCUUAUGAUCAUGAACUAUUAGCAUUAGAGUACAUCAGGUAAUUCUGAAUAUUUUGAUGAUAAGACUUGAACAACAUUUUUAAAGAAAAUUUCCCCGUACUUGAAAUGCUGGAAAACAUCCAAUAUCAAUUUGAAGAAAAUUCAAAGUGUUUGACAACAGAAAUGGUGGACUAACAAGAAUAAAAUAAUUUUGCUAUUAUUUUUUGGUUGGGGACUCAUGCUAAAUGCUAAACUCUGACAUCAUGCCUGUACUUUACACUGUGUCUGUACUGCAGAAUAAAUAUUGUAUUACUGCAAUAUUUUAUUGAUUUCAGUUUUGUGGCCUGAGGCGGAGUUGAAAAAUGACAAUAAAGUUUUGGUUGAAAAUA